UUGGAGCAGACAGUCUGACGCAAGCUCCUACAAACUGACUGCUACGUCAAAAAACCCACUUCAGCAGCUUGUGUUCAUGCAGUUCAGUAGUAGCACAAUAAUGGGCUCUGUAAACUCACUCUCCCCAAAUACUGUGUACACAAUGCGUGUGGAGGCUAUGGACAGCUCAAUGAAUGUACUGAGCAGUGCAGAGAUCAAGGAGACAACAGCACCCGAGGUUCCUUCCAUUAUGCAGGCUUACUCCAACCACAGUGACAGCAUGAUAGUGGAAUUUGGCCAGGUGUCAGGUGCCACUGCAUACAUCCUGCGGGCAGAGAAUGAUGAAGGCUUCUUUUCAGAGAGUGUUGUGUAUGGCUCACCAGGUACCAUACUCAACCUGAGGGCCUACACUGAUUAUAAACUUAGUGUCAUAUCAAGGAACAGUGGUGGCCGUAGCCAGCCCUCAUGGCCAGUCCAUGCCAGGACAGUGGUUGCUGCCCCAACACUGCGCUCUGUGUCACCCACUGAGGACACAAUUGUUGCAAGCUGGGAUCCCGUGGAACAUGCAGUUCAGUACACACUGAAUAUCAUGACUGAAUCAAACACUCAGUUCCAGAUAAAUACCUCCCAGACCAACAUGACAUUUACCAGUCUAGAUCCAGGGGUCACUUACUGCAUCAAGGCGAUAGCCUGGGACUCCAACAGCAUCCCUGGAGAUGAUAUAAACAUCUAUCAGAUCACCCGUCCCCCUGUUCCUGCAGGUGUGCAGGUUUCAUUGACCCUGAAAAGAAUCAUAGGACUAAUUGUUUAUUGGGAGGUUGUACGUAGUGCAAGCCUCUAUUUUGUCCUAAGUUCCAUGGGGCAGAACUGUACCUCCAUGGGAGACCCAUUCUGCAUUAUCACCUCCAUAGGAUGCAGUGAGAAUCAUACGCUCACCGUCAUGGCUGAGAACCAAGCUGGUCCCAGCAGUCCAUCACAGCCACAGGACCUGCUCACCUUCCCUUGCCCUCCAGACGCAGUGAAGGUAGAUGAGCCCUCUUUAGGGAACUGUUCGGUGACAUGGACCAGGGAGCCAUGGGUGGAGUACUACAUUGUGUAUGUAUUUAGAGAUGAUGGAGCAGAGGAGCAACACAACACCACAAACACUAUCUACUUUUUUCAAUGUGAAUGUGGCUACACCUACAUGACUACAGUUUUUGCCUAUAAUGUGGCUGGUGUCAGCCCUCCAGGACCAAUUCUCAACUAUACAACUGUUCCCUGCUGUCCAAAGAAUGUUAACGUCACUCUUAUUUCGACUGAGACACUGGAGGUCACAUGGCUAGCAGUGCGUGGAGCAGAGCUAUAUGAGACAGUGGCGGCAGAUGAAUCAAACACACUGCACUGCAGUGACACUGUGCCCGUUUGUGCCCUAUCUGACUUAACCUGCAACAGCCUGUACAGUGUUGUAAUCAGACCCUGCAAUGAGAUACGUGGUUGUAACAACACCUGCACACCAAACAUACAGGAAACAGCCCCAUGUUCCCCUGAGGCCCUAAACCUCACCCAGGUCAACAGCUCUACUGUGCAGGUACACUGGAGGGAUACCAACAAACAAGCCAAUUACACUGUGAAUGCGUUUGGCAAUGCCAGCACUCUUACUUGCUCAUCUACCAGUACUUCUUGUAGCAUUAUCAACCUGCCUUGUGGAGCUACUUAUGAGGUCAGCGCAUAUGCCACCACCAUUGUAGGGCGAAGUUUGCCCAGCUAUAGCAUCACAUUGGAAACAGGACCCUGCUGUCCUGUGAAUCUCAGUGUGGAACAGGUGACACAGUCAAUGACCAUUGUGAAGUGGUCAACUUCCAUCGGAGCCUGGUUUUAUAUCACCUCGCUUUCAUCACCACGAGGUUAUGCUAAGUGUCAUACCAUGGACACGCAUUGUUUAAUGGGAUGCAUCACAUGUGGCACCAGCUACAAUGUUUCAGUAGAGGUUAUAAGCAUUACGGGACACAAGUCUUUAUGCAGCUAUCAUGGAUUUUCUUCCAGCACUUGUUGUCCUUCAAGUGUGAGGCUGUACCGGAUGGCCAAUAGCACACUUCGUGUGUCAUGGAGAGGUUCUGAUAGUGUCAAUGGGUACUUAGCUGAAAUGUACAGCAACAGUGCCAAUUACACAUGCAGGCCAGUGCUGGGAGUCAACUCAUGUGACAUGGACAGUGUACUGUGUGGAUACACCUACUCUGUGGUGGUCGCACCAUUCACACUCCAAGGUUCUAAAGUCCCAUUCUGCCCCAGGAAACUAUAUUCUGUUUCCUGUGUUGGCAGCAGUGCUGGGAUAGUUACUUAUCGUGGAAAAAGGAAUGUGGAUUAG